CAUCUUGCGUUAUUAUUGUUAUUAUUGUAUUCGCAGGACGGAGGGCUUCUUCUAAAUAACCCUACAGCAUUAGCAGUGCACGAGUGCAGAUGUCUUUGGCCAAAUGUCCCUCUGCAAUGUGUAGUGUCCCUGGGAACUGGUCGAUAUGAAAACAGUGGGAAAACCAAUGUCACCUACACAAGUUUAAAAGCUAAAUUGACUAAUGUCAUUAGCAGUGCUACGGAUACUGAAGAAGUCCAUAUUAUGUUGGAUGCCCUUUUACCUUCAGACACCUACUUUAGAUUUAAUCCUCUGAUGAAUGAAGAUAUACCUCUGGAUGAAAAUCGUAAAGAAAAACUGAAUCUGUUGCGGACAGACGGUAUCCAAUAUUUAGAGAGAAAUGAAGAGAAGUUGAAAAAAGCUGCCAAAAUAUUAGCACAGGAAAAAAACGUUUUUCAGAAACUGAGUAACUGGAUGAGAUUAAAAGCUGAUAUGUAUGAUGGCCUUCCAAUUCUGUCAAAAUUGUGAAAAUGUAAAAUGCUACACGUCAUAGGUGUAAAUGGUUGUAUAUGAAAAGGGAUCAACAUUUGUUCGUCAUUGUGUAAUCUUUUUUUUUUUAAUUCAGUGAGCAAACACGCUGUACAAAAUGCAUUUCAAUCUCAGUAGCUCAUCACUAGCUUCUUUGAUUGGAUCUGAAGAUCCUGUGUGCAACCAGAAGGAAAACCUGCCAAUCUUUUCCUUCCUUGCCCCCCAGUCUGCCGUCCACACGCUCAAUGUUUGUCUAGGCCCUUGAAGCCAGUAUUUGGCAGGACAUGAAUGUGCAUAUCAGCAGUAAUUAUGACCAUUGCUGAUGCUUUUUUCUACAAGCAGAACUCUUGUGAAAUUUGGGAAUUCAUGAUUUUAUGAUUUCUUGAAGUAUAUAUGAGUGUUAGCUUUCAGAACCUCACUUCACUACUUAAAUUCAAGUGCUGGUAUAAUUUUUUUUAAACCUGAUGUCUAAAUUUGUAACAAUUAUGGUACAAAACUUUCAUUAUAUUGUGAACGCACACCAAAAAUCAUGCAGUUUACAAAAUCAUACUGUGCUUAUGUGUUAUUGGAAGAUUACAGCGUGAGAAGAACCAUAGCAAAUACCUUGUUCUGCAAAUAAUUGAGCCAGAGUAAAUAAAACCAUUUAAGUCCCAUUGAGAUUAAUGACAAUAAACAGUCUUAAAUCCAUUGGUAGUAUUUCAGCUAGUUUGCUGAUUGAAUUACUAUAUAUAUUAUAGACUUGCAGUACAUUACACUGCCAUUAAAUGUCAUGAAAAUUGCCUGAUGACAAGAUUUGUGCAUGUAAACUGUUUUGUUUUAAAAUGUUAACAGUGUUUUGUAGUGUGUAAUGCCUUAACCUAUUUCAUUUAUCCGAUUCAGUAUUUCACAUAUUACAGUAAAAUCCAUCACACUUAAUAUCUAUUUAUUUUUCAAAAACUUUUAAAAACAUUUCAAAGAUUCUGGUCCAGAACAAUUAAUUUGCUACUGAAAAACAAAACCCCUAGAACUAAGUCUUGUAAGAAAUAAAAUAAAUA